UCGUGCACUUCGACUGGAGGGUUCUAGAAAAAGUCCAUCUCGAUUAUAUUUAUACCCGCUGAUCUCUUCAUCUCUUUCUCUCUAAGCUGCAAUUUUAAAGCAAAACUCUCCCAAUCGGCAGGAGAUCAAUCAACGCCCUCUUCCCGGCGGCCUCACAGAGCUCCUCCUAUCAAGUUUAGAUAAUUGGUAGAAGAUGAGCGUGGUAGGUUUUGACCUCGGCAAUGAGAGCUGCAUUGUAGCUGUAGCUCGGCCGGAUGUUGUUCUCAAUGAUGAAUCCAAGCGUGAGACUCCUGCCAUUGUUUGCUUUGGGGAGAAGCAGCGUUUCAUUGGCACGGCUGGAGCUGCCACUUCCACCAUGAAUCCUAAGAACGCCAUAUCUCAGAUCAAGCGUUUGAUUGGCCGGAAAUUUUCAGAUCCGGAGCUGCAGCUUGAUCUUCGUUCGUUACCAUUUGCUGUCUCUGAAGGGCCGGACGGGUUUCCGCUUAUCCAUGCUAGGUACCUCGGUGAGCAGAAGUUCUUCACCCCGACGCAGGUCCUCGCCAUGAUUCUCUCGAAUCUGAAAGGCAUUGCUGCGAACAAUCUCAAUGCUGCAGUCGUUGACUGUUGCAUUGGGAUUCCGGUGUAUUUCACUGAUCUGCAGAGAAGAGCUGUGAUUGAUGCCGCCACAAUUGCGGGUUUGCAUCCUCUCCGUUUGUUUCAUGAGACUACUGCCACCGCUUUGGCUUAUGGGAUAUAUAAGACUGAUUUGCCGGAGAAUGAUCAGCUUAAUGUGGCCUUUAUUGAUGUUGGUCAUGCAAGUAUGCAGGUUUGUAUUGCGGGUUUCAAAAAGGGGCAGUUGAAGAUAUUGGCACAUGGGUAUGAUCGAUCUCUGGGUGGCAGGGAUUUUGAUGAUGUUCUGUUCAAAUACUUUGCUGCCAAGUUCAAGGAUGAAUAUAAAAUUGAUGUUUUUCAGAAUGCUCGUGCGCGCCUUAGGCUCAGUGCAGCGUGCGAGAAGCUGAAGAAAAUGCUUAGUGCGAACCCUGAAGCGCCAUUGAAUAUUGAAUGCUUGAUGGAUGAGAAAGAUGUUAGGGGGUUUAUUAAGAGAGAGGAGUUUGAGAAGAUUAGUGCUUCGAUACUGGAGCGUGUUAAGGGUCCUCUUGUGAAUGCUCUUCAGGAAGCUGGUUUGACGGUGGAGAACAUUCAUUCUGUUGAGGUUGUUGGAUCGGGAUCUCGUGUACCAGCUAUUAUUAAAAUUUUGACCGAGUUCUUUGGCAAGGAGCCAAGGCGCACACUGAAUGCUAGUGAAUGUGUUGCUCGUGGUUGUGCCCUUCAAUGUGCAAUUUUGAGCCCUACCUUCAAAGUUCGGGAGUUUCAGGUGCAUGAGAGUUUUCCCUUCACAGUUGCCCUGUCAUGGAAAGGUUCAAAUAAUGACUCGCAGAAUGAAGCAUUAGAUGCUCAGCAAAGUGUAGUUGUUUUUCCCAAAGGGAACCCUAUUCCUAGUGUCAAGGCUCUUACGUUUAUUAGAUCAAAUACGUUCUCGGUUGACAUCACAUAUGCCAGUGUCAAUGAUAAUUUUCUGCCUCCCAAGAUCAGCACAUAUACGAUUGGACCUUUCAGAACUUCUAGUGGUGAAAGGGCGAAGUUAAAGGUUAAAGUUAGGUUGAAUUUGCAUGGAAUUGUCUCUAUUGAAUCUGCAACUUUACUGGAGGAGGAAGAAGUAGAUGUUCCAGUAGCAAUGGAGAGUGCAACUGGCAAAGAAGAUACAAAAAUGGACACAGAUGAAGCAGUUAAUAAUGAUUCAGCUGGACCUGAUGCUAAUAUUGAUUCUAAGAACACAGCUCAUGAUUCUGUUGUGGAAAAUGACAAACAAGAGGGUGAAGAAAAGCCUGUAAAGAUGGAUACGGAUACCAAGGCUGGAGGAGCUACUAAGAAGAGGGUGAAGAAGAUCAAUGUUCCAGUUGCAGAGGUGGUCUAUGGCGCAAUAUCAUCUACGGAUUUGCAGAAAGCUGUAGAGAAGGAGUUUGAAAUGGCUCUUCAAGAUAGAGUUAUGGAAGAAACCAAAGAUAGGAAGAAUGCUGUGGAGGCAUAUGUAUAUGACAUGCGAAACAAGCUUAACGACAAGUACCAUGAAUUUGUAACUCCAUCGGAGAGGGAGGAGCUUAUUGCCAAGCUUCAGGAGGUUGAGGAUUGGCUUUAUGAGGAUGGUGAAGAUGAAACCAAGGGCGUUUACAUUGCAAAACUUGAAGAAUUGAAGAAGCAAGGUGACCCUGUUGAACUGCGCCACAAGGAGUGGACAGAAAGAGGACCUGCUAUUGACCAACUUGCUUAUUGCAUUAAUAGCUACGGAGAAGCAGCUUUGUCUAAAGAUCCUAAAUUUGAUCAUAUUGACCUUGCUGAGAAGCAAAAGGUCAUCAAUGAGUGCUCUGAAGCUGAAUCAUGGUUGAGAGAAAAGCAGCAGCAGCAGGGUGCGCUGCCUAAACAUGCCAACCCCGCUUACCUGUGUGCUGAUCUUAGAAGGAAAGCCGAGACAUUGGACAGGUUUUGCAGGCCAAUUAUGACCAAGCCCAAACCAGCCCCAGCCAAGCCUCCUACUCCGCCUCAAAGUGAGGUGGAACAGCAACCACCAAAUGAUGGCAAGGAAGAGGGUGGUGGUGGUGACCACGAGUUUGAAGGUAACAGUCAGCCAUCUUCUGCUACUUCUGAGCCAAUGGAGACAGAGACCACCGCUUAGCUACCUGAGCCAAUUCUAUUCUAUACCUCAUGUUCCCCUGAAGCUUUUAUUCUUCUGCUUAGACUUUAUGGCCUCGAGUUUUUAACGAGUUUUUUAGGAGUUUAGGGGGGAACAGACACUCUUGUUUUAUGUCUUGUUGAUACUUUACAGCUUUCAGAUGUGUGGUGGUCAAAUUUGAAUGACAUGUUUUUGGUGAGGUCUUAAAUCCUAGCCUUGUAUUAGAGUUAAUUGCUUCUUUGAUCAAGGAUCUUGUGGCCUAUUAUAUAAUUAUUUCAGUGGCCCGGAUAAUGUUAAAUUCUUGUGUCACUCGGUGAACUGUGAUUUUUUGGACAGAACUCUUAAGUUUAAUAUAUGCUUUUAUUUGUUAUAUUA